GUGACCUGACCGACUUGCACAUGACCGCCGCACAGCUAUGGCGGCGGACGUGGAGCUGCUCUUGCUGUUCCUCCUUGCGGCGCGCGGGCCCGCGCCCGCAGGUGCAGCCAAGAUGAAGGUGGUGGAGGAGCCUAACACUUUCGGGGUGAACAACAUGUUCUUGCCCCAGACAAAUCGUCUGCAGCCCAAGAGGGAGCCUUCACCCUUGUCUGGGCCUGAACGACUCUUCAGACUCGCUGGCAAGUGUUUCAGCUUGGUGGAGGCCACGUACAAGUACGAGUUCUGUCCAUUCCACAAUGUGACCCAGCAUGAGCAGACCUUCCGCUGGAACGCCUACAGUGGCAUUCUCGGCAUAUGGCAGGAGUGGGAAAUCACCAACAACACCUUUGCUGCCAUGUGGAUGAGGGACGGUGACUCCUGCCGCUCCCAGAGCCGCCAAAGCAAGGUGGAGCUUACCUGUGGAAAAAGCAACCAGCUAGCCCACGUGUCGGAGCCGAGCACUUGUGUCUAUUCAUUGACAUUUGAGACCCCCCUCGUCUGCCACCCCCACUCUUUGUUAGUGUACCCGGCCCUGCCGGAGGACCUGCAGCAGCGGUGGGACCAGGUGGAGCAGGACCUGGCUGAUGACCUGAUCACGCCCCAGGGCUAUGAGAAGUUGCUGAGGGGACUUUUUGAGGAUGCUGGCUAUUUAAAGACCCCAGGAGAAAGUGAACCCACUCAGCAGGAAGGAGGUCCUAUGGGCCUGGGGCUUGAGACCCUGGAAAACUGUAAAAAGGCACAUAAAGAACUGUUGAAGGAGACAAAGAGGCUUAAAAAUCUGCUCACCCAACACGGCAUCCCCUACACAAAGCCCCCAGAAACCUCCAGCUCUGAGCGCUUGGGCCACAAGACACCCACAGACAGAUCCCCUGAGCAACUGGGAGGUGAUCCAGGACUACAUGGGAACUUCCUGUGACCCAGAGCCUCAGACCCGAGGCGUAGGGCAGAGGCGAAGGCAGCACACUGCAAGUCAAGAGGCCCCUGGGCAAGUACACUACAGUAGAGAGGCAUGGCUCCCCUCAGACCACGUGCGGAUGCUCCCAGGGACUGAUGGCCAGUCUUAGUUUGUACCCAGAGAUAUAGACAAAAUAAAGAUUCAAAGUUUUAAUUCUCAUACUGAUAAAAAUAACUCCAUGAAUUCUGUAAACCAUUGCAUAAAUGCUAUAGUGUAAAAAAAACUUAAAAACAAGUGUUAACAACUUGAAACAAUUCACUACAAGUAAAUGAUUAUA